AUGAUCCGCAAGACAACCAUUCUCUUCCUGGCUCUCGCUUUGUUGGCCACCGUCGGAGCUGAAGAGUCCACCACUCAAGAGCCCACAGUAGUGUCAAAGGAGAAGACCCCAGAACCUCCAAAGGCCGCCCCGGAAACUGAAGCCCCACCUGCAGCUGAUGCUGGAUCAAACAGCGACGCAGCAGCACCAGAAGCACCAGCCGAUGGAGGAAAUGGAACCAGCUCCUCUGCUUUCAUGAGCUACGGACUCGGAGCUUCCGUCGUUCUUCUGGCUGCUCUCUAG